UUACCUUUUAACGAUUUUAACUUUUAUAAAGCAACGCUAUGUCUGGACGCGUUAGUGGUAGUAAAUCGAAAGGGAAGAUUUCUUCGAAAUCACGAUCUCACCGAGCUGGUUUACAAUUCCCGGUAGGUCGUAUCCAUCGAUUGUUAAAAAAAGGUAAUUAUGCUGAACGUGUAGGUGCUGGAGCACCCGUAUACCUAGCUGCAGUAUUAGAAUAUCUUGCCGCUGAAGUGUUAGAGCUGACUGGAAAUGCAGCACGUGAUAAUAAAAAAACCAGAAUAGUACCGAGGCAUGUUCAACUUGCCAUACGUCAUGACGAAGAAUUAAACAAAAUAUUAUCUGGUGUGACUAUCGCUCAAGGUGGUGUAUUGCCUAACAUCCAAAGUAUUUUACUACCCAAAAAGUCUGAAAAGAAAGCUUAA